CGAGCACAGAGGGCCUGGGCCAGGGCUGCGGGGGCCAUGGAGAGCUUCAUGGAGUCCCUGAACAGGCUGAAGGACAUUCACGAGAAGGAGGUCCUGGGUCUGCAGAAUAAGCUUCUGGAGCUGAACUCGGAGCGGUGCCGGGACGCCCAGAGGGUGGAGGAGCUCUGUGCCAAGAACCACCAGCUCAGGGCACAGCAGAAGGCUCUGAAGGACAAUGUCCGGGUGCUAGAGAACAGACUGCGGGCCGGCCUGUGCGACCGCUGCACCGUCACCCAGGAGCUGGCCAGGAAGAGGCAGCAAGAGUUCGAGAGCACCUUCGUCCAGAACCUGCAGCACCUCUUCGUCCUCACCAACGAGAUGAGCCGGCUGCAGGAGGAGAAUGAGGCCUUGAGGGAGGAGAUGACCCGACUUCGCGGCCCGGGGCCCAAGCCCCAGCGCAGGGAGGGCGCCUCGGACCCCACCUCACCCCCACUGCUCACCUCCCCGGGCGCCCGCAAGGCCAUCACCGAGAAGCUGCCGGGAGGCCACGAGGAGGCGGAGGACCAUCCCCCAGGUGCGGGUCCGCAGGGAGAAGGGAAGCUGGGGUACAGGAUGUCUCCAGUGGCCAAACUCUCCCCAGGGGCCAACCUACCUGAGCCACGAGCCCCCGACAUGAGUCCCCAGCGCAUCUCCAACCAGCUGCACGGGACGAUCGCCGUGGUGCGGCCGGGGGCCCGGGCCUGCUCCGUGGACCGGGGUUCCACCAACGGGACGCCCCCUGCCAGGAGCAGCCCCCCCAGCCCUCCUUACCAGCACAGUCUCCCCCUGGACAGCUUCCUGCGGGCCUCCCAGCCCUCCACCGUGACCUUCGAGUCCCUGAAGCAUUCCCUGCAGGCCGACCACCUCUGUCUCCUGAACCGCCACCUGUCGCUGCACCUUCGGAGCCCCCACAGCAGCCCCCGGGCCCCCGCCACAGGCUCUGGGGGCCCCCAGCCUCAGGCCCUGAAGGCCGGAGAGGCAGAGGCCUGGGAAGAGCCCUCCAGACUACUAGGCCUGCCGGGCACCCUGGUGGACAUGCGGGACCCCAGGCUGGAGGGGGCACUGAGCCUGCUCCUGGCCCAGCAGCUGCGGGCACGGGGACCGGCUGGCAAUGCCAGGCUGAGGGGGCCCCUCAAGCCAGGGGAGACGCUGCCCUCCCCUCCAGUCGGCUCUGACUCUGAGGGGCCAGAAGGUGAGGCGGCCCGGUCAGCCCUGCCCAGGAGGUGGCCCCCACAGCCCACCGGCCCAGGCAGCCCCAGCGGGAAGGAGACCACGGCCACACAGGACCAUGUUCCAGACAAGCCCCUGGACCUCUCAGAGUGGGGCCGGGGCCGGGACGCCCCCAAGCCCGUGGGCCGGCCAGGGUCGCUCAGCCCCCACACCACCCCCACGCCCAGUCCUGAGCGCCCCCAGGGAACAGAGCCACUUGCAAAGUCAGGACCUUGGGGACGAAGGAAAAGCACCCAGGGGAGCGGAGCGCCUGAGCCGGAAGAGCCCCCCACUCCCGCGGACCCCCCACACCUUCUCCCAGGGCCCCAGCCGAGCCCCCCACCUCUAAGGAUGGAAGAUGAGUCCAGAGACAGGCCAAAACCGUCCCCCCGCCCACAGAGGCCUGAUGCGGACGGCCACCCAGAGCUCAGUCACCCCGAGGCGCAGUGGCCGCUGCCAGACAAGCCGGACGUGCCAGAUGCCUCGGACAGUGAGGUGGGCCUGAGCCCUGAGGUGGGGGCCGCUCCAAGCACCCCGGGGGAGGGGCCCAGGUGUUUCUGCACCGAGGAGCCCGCGCAGGGCCUGCCGCAGAAGAGGAAGCUGGCCUCGUCCUCUGACCUGUGGGACAAAGCUCCAGCCAGCCCCUCCCACCUGGGGGACGGGGACUCCUGGACCUUCUGGGCCACCUUCGAAGGGGAGCAGACGGAGCAGCCCUGGGGCGUGGGGUGUGUUUGCUCCCGCUAG